UAAUAAUAAUGACAGUUUAUUUAAAAAUCAAAAAGACAAAAAAGAGAACGAAUCAAUAGAAGCCGAAAAUAUUCCCAUUGUUGUUGACAAUGAAGUACUUGAAUCAUUAAUGAAAGAAAUGAUUGUGGGCUCCGUUAAAUACAUGAUUGGCUCGUUUGAUGUUGAAAAAGCGUUGGUAGAGUGGAAGGAAAAAAAGGAACGGCCUUGCAAUGAUUUAGCGUAUUAUGAUAUUCUAGAUAUAACACCAGGAAGCAACGAUAUGAUUAGAAUUAGCGAUUUUAAAAGGGCCGUUAAUGAAUAUUUUAUAUUAACAAGAGAAGAUUCUUCCAAAAAAUAUUUAUGGGACUAUUCAUAUUUACUAUUAAAUUCAAUUGAAAGAGAUAAUGAAUUAUUGAAAGAUAGUUUAUCAGAAAGGCACUACAGAGAAUCCUUUUUUACUACAAUGAUGUCUAGUUUAUUUCAUGAUUAUACUCAAGAUAUGGCAACAUUUUAG